CGGGCUGGCCACACUCCACCUCCACCGCUCCACCUCAACACCUCCACCGCUCAACACCACCGCCGCUCAACACCACCGCCGCCGCCGCCUCCUCUCGCUGCUCCAUCCCUUCUCAUCCUCUAACCCCCUCUUCCUCCUCCUCCUCCUCCUCCUUCUGAAAAGUGAGAGGAGCGGGAGGGAAGAAGGAGGUCAUCUCUUCCCGUGUGCUUCCCGCCACUUCCGGGUUUGGUCUUCCUUUACCUGGGACGCGAUUCUACAGAGCCUCGCCGGACGCUCACCACCGGCUGAUCUGUCCCCACCCCGCCCCGCCCCGCCCCGCCCCGCCAGCCUCGGGUCACGUAAUGCUGCUUUCCUCAUCGCCAGCCAGCCAUGCGUCGCCUCAGUAAUGAAAGUGACUCCGAGCAUCGCGUGUGAGGACUAGCGUCGAGAAGCGCUAUCAACCAAGUCUUCCCCGAGGCCCUGACCACUCCGGAGGCCGAGAUGAGUCUGUCAGGGGAGCUUAUAGUGGAGCAGGAGGCGUCAGGCAACGCGACGCAGCUCCUGGGUGACCUGCCGCUCUUCAACUGCUCCUACCUGUCUGGCGUGGAAUGGCUCAAUGGUACGAACUGCAGCGGCGGCGGCGAGGUAUUCGACGGCCGCCUGUUCCCGCUGCUGAACCAGACGGUGCAGUACGUGACGGUGGCCUUCCUCGCCCUCGCCUUCCUGCUGGGCCUGUGCGGCAACACGCUUGUCAUCUACGUGGUCACCAGGUUCUCCAAGAUGCAGACGGUCACCAACCUCUACAUCCUCAACCUGGCCAUCGCGGACGAGCUGUUCGUGAUCGGCGUUCCCUUCCUCAUGACGACGACCGUCAUGGAGUAUUGGCCAUUCGGGUUCAUCAUGUGCAAGCUGUACAUGAUCACCACCUCGCUCAACCAAUUCACCAGCUCGCUCUUCCUCACCAUCAUGAGCGCCGACCGGUACAUCGCCGUGUGUCACCCCAUCAGCUCGCCCAAGUUCCGCACGCCCAUGAUCUCCAAGCUGGUGUCGCUCACGGCCUGGACGCUCUCCGCCCUCAUGAUCGUGCCCGUCUUCAUGUACUCCAACAUCCUCAACGAGAGCAACGGCCAGGCCAGCUGCAACAUCUAUUGGCCGGACAGCGUCGGCGUCCGCGGCUACACCGUCUUCACCAUCUACUCCUUCGUGCUGGCCUUCGGCUGCCCCGUCACCUUUAUCUUCAUCUUCUACACGAUGGUGAUCCUCAAGCUGAAGGCCGUGGGGAUGCGGAACAAGUCCAGGAAGAAGAAAAACCACCGGCGGGUGACGCGGUUGGUGCUGACGGUGAUCACCGUGUACGUGCUGUGCUGGCUGCCCUACUGGGCCCUGCAGCUGGCGCUCACCAAUAGCGUGGACAAGCAGGUGCAGAGCCGCUCCAUGGUGAUCCUCUUCAUUGUGUCCUCGUCCCUCUCCUACAUUAACUCUGCCAUCAACCCCAUCCUGUACGCCUUCCUCAGCGACAACUUCAAGAAGAGCUUCCUCAAGGCCUGCACCUGCGCCGGCCGGCGGGACGUCAACAACGUCCUCAUGGCGGAAAAUUCCCUGUUACCGCGCCGCCGCGGCGGCUCUACCCUGCCGCCUAAGUCUCCCCGGGGUGGACAGGAGGCCAAGAACAAAAAGGGCGGUCCCAGAGAUGAAAGUCCCGUGCCCCUGGAGCCCACGCGUCGCCCCCUGCAGCCCAGAGAUGACGCCUUCCUCAACGGCCGACCCAUCACCUCCCACCUGUAGUGCUCCUUCUACUCCUUUACCCCUGCCAAGACCUUCCAUUAUUGUCUCGGCGAGUGGCCUGCCGACAGCCGUCCGCGCCACCUAUGCUGCAGCAGAAAGUUGCACUGUCAUUUGGGCCGGGGACACACCAAGCCGGGUUUUCCAGAUUCAAUAUAGCAUGAUGUAGGCAGCAAAAAGUGUUGAAAAUUAACGUAUUGGCUUAAAAGAAACGAUGAAAGUAUAUGAAUGUGUAGAUGGAGUAUUAAGAAUAUGCAGAAAAAACACCUGAAAAUGGCAAUUUAUAGACCUUAAAAAGUUGUCUUAAGUCCAUCAUACCUCGAAGACUCUCCGGAGAAGCACCGCAAGCAUUUGGGUUUUAAAAGAAACUAAUCAGAAUGUUCGAUAAGUGUGUUUCAAAUUGUGUCAUACAAAUCGUAAGCAGAAUGUACAGUUUGCUAGUGAAUACGGCGUAAAGGAUUAGUGUUAAAUCCAUGACCAGCCUACCAAGUGAUGUAACAAAACAGCUGGAUCGUUCGUCGGUGUGAGCGCGUUACCUUGCCUGGGGCGGUGUAGCGCCCUGAAAGGGAGGGAGCGGCCCAGAAGGGCGGAUAAUUAAAGGGCACCUGUGUUACCAGAAGGGAUAUUAAUAACGAUGUGUGGGAAUGCAUCCUAAGUUUUCGUCUUGAAUUUUACAUUGAUUUCAUGGAAGGAAUUAAUACAAAGAGAUAAAUAAUGGGUGAUUAAUGGAAACCUAUUGGGAUAAUGUACGAUAAUCCGGCCACGCGUGUUACUGCCAUCUUCAGCUCGGUUCUUCUUGUCUCCUAAAACAAUUCGCAUCUGGAGUACUGUACACACGCCAUGGAGCCUGAUGAGAAAUUCAUAUUGUACAAGGAGUGCAUGAAUUACAUCAAGCAUUACCUAACAUAAGACGGGCAAUGUAAAAAUACAGAAAAGAGUAGGCUGAAUGAGGCGACAACCAACGGCCAGUAUCAAUUUCACUGCAAGUUACCACAUCAAAUCUGGCCUCUUUAGUGAAUAAGCUCGCUAAUAUGUAGAAAAUUACUUGCAUUGGAUCCCAUUAGGAACUAAAGGAAACUUCUUGGGACAAUAAUGUGCGAGGGUACGAGGUUGUGGUGUUUGCGAGGAUGUGGUAACACUGUCUCUUGAUAAUCACGUGACCACCCGCAUUCAGUGUUACCACAUUUUCGCAGUGGUAUGCAAGGCUUCCUUUUGUUUAUAGUUUAUUCCUUCCCCAUAAGAUAAACGUAGAAAUAAAAAAAAGAAGACUUAAAAUGUACUGGGCAAACGUACUGUACCAUCUACAAAUAUUUCCCACAUGUCGAUAUGAACAUCCCUUCUGGCAAAACUGGCUAUCCUCCCUCUGGGCCGCCUCCUCCUCAGGCCGCUGCACCGGGCCG